AUGGCCGAGUUAAAGAAAUUGAAGGCCGUACGAGCUCAGCUGAAAGGUCAGGUAACCCGUAUAAACACAUUUUUGACAACAACGCAGGAGAUAACUUGCGAACAAGCACAGGGACGAAUAGAUAAGCUACAAGAACUGUGGCUAGAAUACAACGAGAAUCAAACAAAGAUAGUAGGCCAUAUCACCAAGGUCAAAGAUGACGCAGAAUUGGAAGCAGUCAUGCAGCAAGAACUUCCAGAGCGAGAGAUUUUCGAAUGGGCGUAUUAUAAAGCAUUGGAUAUGGCGCACAAUCAUAGCAACGAGUCAAGUAGCGGCACAAGCAGCAGCACAGCCGGACAUACAACAGGGCGAACAGCGUAUGACCAGUGGAUGCUGUAUAAGAAUGCAUUUAAAUCCUUGAUACACGAUAACAGCAAAUUGUCGGAUGUACAAAAGUUUCAGUAUCUUCGAAGCACGCUAGAGGAUGAAGCGUUACAGGUCAUAAGCGGACUGAAUACGUCAGCAGAAAAUUAUGUGAUUACCUGGGAUUUAUUGAAAGGCCAUUACGAGAACAAAAAGCUAAUAAUAAAUAGUCAUCUUUCAAAGUUGUUAGAGUUUCCAAUUGUUACUAAAGACAAGCAUGUAUCGCUAAAGCAAUUCGUUAUGCAUCUUCGUACACAUUUAAAGGCCUUGGAAGUUCUAGUCCAGCCCACCGACCAAUGGGAUACCAUCGUUAUCUUCUUGGCGAGAGCAAAAUUGGAUUAUCAAUCCCAGCGCGCAUGGGAGGAAGAAAUCAGACAACAGGAACUGGAUCAUAUGCCUAAAAUGAAGGAGUUUCUCAAGUUCUUAAACGAGAGGUGUCGUACGUUGGAGAUGCUUGAUAGCAAUAUCAAUAGACGUGAGUCAGUUGCCAAAAAUAAUACAAGCAAAAGAAUUGAUAAAAAAGUGGCACUAGCAACAACGUCGCAUACUUGUCCAGUGUGUAAGGAGUCUCAUUAUUUAUUCAGUUGCUCAGAGUUUUUGAAAUUAUCCAUUCAUGAUCGUAUCGCAGCGGUAAAAGAAAAACAGUUAUGCAUUAACUGCCUGAAAUCAGGGCAUUAUUCAAGAGAGUGUAGGUCAACAAAGUGUCGUAAAUGCUCGAAGUCGCACAACACAUUAUUACAUAUCGAGCAAGAAGAUUCUUUAGCAAAGGAAUCUCCAAAGGCAUCACAGAAGAAAUCUGAAGAACAAGCUGUUGUCAUGUAUUGUACAGAAAAGGAUAAACAAGAUCAAAAGACACCGAUAGGGAAAGAACGCCAGAACGAGAAAGCUAGUUCUCGAGUUAUAUUAGCAACCGCGCAAGUCUAUAUUCGUGAUAGACAAGGCAAGCGACAAACAUGUCGUGUACUAUUAAAUCCAGGAUCGCAAUCGCACUUUAUCACAGAAGAUUUAGUGAGAAGAUUACAGUUGCCAUAUAAAGCUGAGUCAGCAGUGAUCAAUGGCAUUGCUCGAAACACCACGAAGAUCGAACACUCAACUGAAAUAAAAAUUGAAUCGCAGAACACUGCCUUUAAAACUGAAUUGAAUUGCUUGGUGGUUCCUAUAAUAACAGGACGAUUACCUCAACUUAUGAUUGAUAAGAAGUUACUCAGUGUACCGGACAAACAUAGGCUGGCGGAUUCUGAAUUUGACAGGCCUGGCCCCGUGGACAUUUUGAUAGGUGCUGGCCUCUUCUGGAAUUUAUUGUGUGUUGGCCAAAUAAAGAAGGUGAAAGGACAACCCAUUUGGCAAAAAACUCAGUUUGGUUGGAUCAUAGAAGGCGAGCUCAUCGAAGCGAGGGCGGCUGAAACAAAGCAUGCGUUAAAGAGCAGAACAAAAAUCGCCAAGCUGCCGCCUACAACCACAACCAGUACCGGCGUCGCCAAGACCGCUGUAAGGGUCGCUACCAGACCCCACAGGGUAGCAACGUCGAAGCGCAGCAGCUCCACAGCAGGACCACCACCAGUAGCAGCACUCCCUGCAGACGAGUGGAGGCUAGUAGCGAUUGAUUUCGGGCCUACGUCAACAGACCCACGCCGUCGGCCGCCAAGGACAUCUCGCAGGACUAGAGAACGCCCAACGCCGGAAGCAGUCCUACAGGCCUUGGCAAUACCAGCCCGCGUCCAGCCGCUACCUACGAGGCCGUCCAGCACCGCGGACAAGGAAACGCAGACCGUGCAGACGCCCGAACGGAGAUCGACUUCGACGCAGACGAAGGAGACCUACGCCUACGAUAAGGCAACGCAGACUCCCCACAAGGAACAACUGUGGAGUUUCACACGCGCACAGCCGAGCAUAGCGUGGGGUCCGCGUAAAUCUCCGGCCUAA